AUGACUCCACUUACAACUCCUACCUCUACCUGAACACAAACCCACUGCCAUUUCUAUUUCACUCUUCACUUCACUCCCGUCUUUCUCCUUCCCACAUAUAAAAACACCCCUGUUUUCUUUCGCCUACACAAGCACACUCUCUCUUACACGUUUCUCUUGAGCUCUGCUGUGGUCCUCCUCUCCCUUUUCCACACCAUCAAUCUCUUUCUUUCUAAGUAAACCCUAAUCUCUCAACACUCUAUUUGUACUUGGAUUAGUAAAUAAAUUCAUUAUUAUAGAGUAUUAUUAUGGUGAUGGCCGAUAAUGAAGGAGGAGAUGAUCAUCAGAAGGAGACGGUGAGUGGGCCCAAGUCUCCAUGGAAGACGACUCCUGUAAUCAUGGAUGCUGCUCCCGUCAUCAGUGCCGACUGUUGGCCCGCUCUCGCCGACGCUCAACAACGCCCCUCUAAACCCUCUGAUCCGCCACUUGUCCAGGGAGCUUCUGUGCAACAGAAGACUCACGGUUCUGGAAAUCCUAAUCCUAAUCCUAAUCCGUCACAUAAACAUUCACAUAUGCGUAAUCAGAAGUCAGGGUCCAAGCGUAAUCCAAAUACUGCGCCACCGUUUCCUGUACCUCUAUCUUACCAUCAGCCAGCUCCUAUGUUUCAUGCUAUGGUGCCUCCGCCGCACAUUGGCUAUGCGGCUUACCAGCCCUACCCUGGACACUUUCCAGCUGUUGAAAAUCAGACAGGUUUUGUUCCCCCAGCCGUUCAUGCUGUUGAUGCUGUCCGGAAUGUUCAGCCGCCUCCUCCUCCGCGAGGAGGAGGAGAUCCCAAUGCUUCUGGUGUCAAUGUUAAUCUGAAUUUCUCUAGUAGAAGACCUCCUAAUAUGCAAGAACCUGCUUGGCAUCAUCCCAGACCGUUUAAUCCCCGUGACAGUAUUCCUAUUGGAACCCGGCCUUUAGUAAGGACUGCUUUUUUGGGUCAUACUCCGGGUCCUGGAUAUAUGGUUGGUCCAAGCUUUACUGGACCUGCAGUUUGCUAUGUGUCUGUAGCACCUCCAGGCUCUGUUAGGGGACCUCAUCCUCCCCACUUUGUUCGAUAUCCUAUACCUCCAGGCACUCCUAUGCUACCUCCAGAGACACUGGCGUUGAGGGCUAGCAUUGUAAAACAAAUUGAUUAUUACUUCAGUGAUGAGAAUCUUCAGAAUGACCAUUACCUAAUUUCCUUGAUGGAUGCCCAAGGAUGGGUUCCGAUAUCCACUAUUGCCGAAUUUAAAAGGGUAAAGAGAAUGAGUACAGAUAUACCGUUUAUACUUGAUGCAAUGCACAGUUCUAGUACUGUAGAAGUGCAGGGUAAUAUGAUUCGAAGACGUGAUGAAUGGUCCAAGUGGAUUCCAGCCUCUGCUGAACUUAAGCAGACCCCCCCAAGCCAACAGUUAGACAACUCUAUUGAUUCGAUUGAGAAGGGUGAUACAAAUGAAGAUAAUAAAAGGGAAACCUCUGAAGAAAAUACUGAAAUACGGUCCAAUAGGGAUAGUGCAGAUAUAACACAUCACAGUAACACUGAACAGAGCGGUGAGUUUGUUAUUGAUGGCGGAAAACAAGCAUUCUGUGCUGAAAAUGGUGUGUUGACAACAUCAAUUGUUGAUUCAGACAAGUUGUCAGGCAUUGAGAACAGUGACAAUAGCUCCUGCCAAAACGAGUUACAAAGAGAUGAGCCUGCAAGAUUUGAUGACCACAAGACUGAAAGCAUGGAGUCCACUUCCAAUAUGGCUGUACAGCAUCUUAAUGACCUGUCAAAUGAUUUUGCAAACACAUUUAUGCUUGAUGAAGAGCUAGAGAUUGAGCAGAAAACAACAAAAAAGGAUGAGCUUAACAGAGGCAGAAGGAUUGAUGAUGAAGAUGAUGAGAUUGUUGUCAAUGAUCAUGAUGUUCAGAGACUUGUAAUUGUCACACAGAAUAGUUGGACAGUUGAAGGAUCUAAAACUGAUGACGAAGGAUUAAAAUCCAUUUCUAAUGAGCUUGCUUCUGCAAUAAACGAUGGUCUUUAUUUCUAUGAGCAGGAGCUUAAAACUAAGAGAUUAUAUCAUAGGAAGAAUAACUCAAGUUUUGAGAACAAAGAUGGAAACCCCAGGCCUUCAGUUUGUGCUCCAGGAAUGUCAAAUUCAAAAGCAGGUGACAAUUCUGCUGCAAGCAGUGGUCAUGAAGAGUCUGGAAGUGCCAGUUCCCGCCGUAAGCAAAAUAAAGGUUUUCACAGGCAGCAAGCUUCCCACAAGCAGCGAUUUUUCUCCAGCAACUUUAGGAAUCACGGAACUGGUCGGAAUUCUCUUGGAAUUGUAUCAGAGAGCCCACCAAGUAAUUCAGUUGGAUAUUUCUUUGGUUCAACACCUCCAGAAAAUCAUGGCCUAAGGCCUUCAAAAUUGAGCGUAUCACCACAUGGGUUUCUCUCUGGCAGUAGUCCACCUGUGGGUUCCAUGCCGAAAUCAUUUCCUCCAUUCCAGCAUCCAAGUCAUCAGCUGUUAGAAGAAAAUGGCUUCAAACAGCAGAAGUACUUGAAGUUUCGUAAGCGGUGCUUAAAUGAGAGGAAGAAGUUGGGAGUUGGCUGCAGUGAGGAAAUGAAUACACUGUACAGGUUUUGGUCAUAUUUCAUUAGAGACAUGUUCAUCCCUUCAAUGUACAAUGAGUUUCAGAAGUUCGCUCUCGAAGAUGCAGCUUCUAAUUAUAAUUAUGGGAUAGAGUGUCUUUUCAGGUUUUAUAGUUAUGGUUUGGAAAAAGAGUUCAGAGAGGACCUUUAUAACGACUUUGAACAGCUGACUCUAGACUUCUACCAUAGAGGCAAUCUUUAUGGCCUUGAAAAAUACUGGGCAUUCCAUCAUUAUCGAGGGCUACGCGAGCAGAAAGAGCCCCUAAAGAAACAUCCAGAGUUGGAAAGGUUGCUUAGGGAAGAAUAUCGUAGCAUAGAGGACUUUCGCGCCAAAGAAAGAAGUAAUAGUUUGAAAGAAGAAAGCCAUUAGCCUCAAGUAAUUACUUUGUUUACUGGUGGCAUUGAAAUGAUGACAUCCCAAUUUUGAAAAUGAAUCCUGACAACUUAACAAAGGGAGUUGGAGAUAGCGGCCGAUAUUUGGUUUCGAUGCCAAUGGAUAUUUUUUGUAUAUUGUAUAUUUUGGGGGGAUCGUUUACUUGUGAGGGCUGCUCAUUUCUGAGGUUUUGAUAUGGUUCUAUUGCUUGAGCCUUUUCUGGCUCCCUGUCUUUUUUAAUUUUGUUAUUUCUGGGUUGUCUGCAAGCUUGGAGAGGUGCCUGUGUUUUUAUUUUUGGUCAGUUCACUUCCCCCCGAAUUGUAACUUGUACAUAAAGGAAAACUGAAAAAAAAAAAAAAAACAAAAAGAAAAAAAAGAAAAAUAAGGUUGUAGGAACCUUGUGAAAAUGAACAAUAAGAGAUUCAAUUUUUAAUUUGUCACA